AUGGCGAAUAAACCAAAAAAUGUAAUGAUAAGAAAAUGGUUACCUCAAUGGGAUAUUUUAUUGCACCCCAAUUUAAAAUUAUUUAUCAGUCAUGGAGGUAUAUCAGGAGUACAUGAAUCAGUGGAUGCUGGCGUUCCAAUUCUCGGAUUCCCUUUGUUUUACGAUCAGCUAAGAAAUAUAGCUAACUUGGUUAAUGCUGGAAUGGCCAUGGAUGUUUUAUCUGUGAAAAAGGAUACAUUUUUGAGAAAUGUAUUAGAACUAGUAAAUAAUGAAAAUAUAUACAAAACGCUACAAUUGAUUCCGAUGUAUUCAAAAACCGACCGAUGUCCCCGGAACAGUCAAUACUUUACUGAACUGAAUAAUAUGUAA